UUCCCGAACGAUGCAUACAAAUUGACCCACUAAAAUUAACAAAUAAAAUUGAAUUUCGGUACUUUUUAGCUAAUUAUCGUAUAAUGUCUUGAAAAUUUUGAGCUCAAGCGCUACCGGAAAGUGUUCCAUCAGUAUAAGACGCCUGUAGAGGGAUAUCCUACAAUGUCAGACUACGAUCUUCAGUUUCAAGCUGAUUUGGAGAAGGCCCAGGCUUUGAGUUUAGAAAGUCUGGCUCUGGAGCAAUUUCGUAGACAGAAGCAAAUAUCCAGCGCAGAUAACAAUGUGGGCAGCGGCGUUAGUUGGCGCCGACGCGACGACAACGAGGGACCGCCGCCUGCGCUGCCGCCUCCGCCGCGGAAGCCACCGCGAGGCCGGCCUGCUACCGACACGCCUAGCAGAUCUACAGGAGCGAGUCCUACAAGAGAUGAUAGCAGCGACCUCAUAUCAUUCGCGAGUCCAACCAGCAAAACUGCGCCCAAGGACCCGCAUGCGUCGCUCAAGGAAUACAUUGAUCAGAUAAACAAACAAACAGAGGAGCUCACCCUAAACACUCCAGAAACAGCUCCAGUUACGAUGAAUAAUCACCCGUACAACCAGAUACCGGGGUACCCAUACUCGCAGUAUGCGUACUACCCGCCGCCUUACGGGCAGCCGCCGCCCUACCCACCUUCUACUCCCUACGGCAUGCCGGCGCCUAUGCCCACUCCAAUUCCAACCCCCAUGCCUGGGCAAAUGCCCAAUUACUACUACCACCAGCCCCCGACCCCACAGCCUGACGUCACCCCUGUAUAUACGCCUGUCCACACCCCAAUCUAUGGCCCAACCAUGCCGUACAGUCAGACGCGUAUGGCAACGCCGUCGCCGUACGUGGGAUACCCGCCUCCGGUUCAAACUUCUACCUACAACUACAAUACAACAAACAUGAUAUCGCGGCCGCCGAGGCCGGCUAGUAUCUACCCGCAGUUGACUCAAACGCACUCGUACCCGCCUCCCGCGGCUAAUGCGAGCUACAAUAACAAUAACAACAACCCCCCGGUGGUGAAGAAUGAGCCGAGCAGAGAAUCUGUGGACACUUCCAAACCGAGGAAGUUGUCGGAAGUUAGUAUAGCGUCAAACGAAUCAAACGACACAAUAGGCAGCCUGCCUAAGUCGAUGAACCUCAUAGACUUCGGCGCCAAGAAGUCCAGCGGGCCAGGUAGCGUAAGAGUCAGUGUGCUUGAGGCGUUUGACCCACUACUAAUUGAGCAAAGUAACGCUGAGUACGCAGGAGCAAGCGAAUGCGGUAGCAGCGUGUAUGAAGAGUACGACCCAUUGAACUUUCUGUACGGCGAGACAGAGAUGCGAGAUACGCCCGUGUACGCGACCGUGAAUAAGCGAGAGAGCACUAUAUUGCCGUCGCCCCCACCCAAGUCUAUUCCUAGCGUUCCAGCUGUUAAUAUGCGAUCUACUACUAAUAAGUUGUACGAUUGCAUAGUAAAAGUAAGAACGAGAAGCUACGAUAGCGAGCACAGAGGCUUUUUGAAGAUGGUCCUAGAUGUCAGAAAAAGAUUCGUGCAUUCGGACCGCAAAACGAAUCCGGGUCACGUGAUCGCGGCGCGUUCGGGCGGAAAGUACCCGCCCAACACUAGCAUAAAGAUUCUAGUCCACCACGCUCACUCCGAUGAGCCGAUUACCUUUACGUCUGAUGUGGAGUCAACAGUAGAACAUGUGAUAUUAACUGUAGUUUGUUCCCUCGAGGAGGAUAUCAGAGAGGAUAUGUCUGGUUAUAUGUUACGGGUAUGGGGAGCUAAAGAAUACCUCACACCAGGCAGUUCUCUUAGCGAGUACGAUUACGUACGCGAAUGCGUUAGGCUAGAGAAGGAUGUAAGGCUGUGUCUACACGAGGGCGUGGACGAUGCUCUGGCGAGGAGUGAAAGAGACGACGCGAGGGAUUCGCAUCUGACGCUGGACGAUUUGUUGCCUACGCAAGGCGCUACGCCUAUGUUGUCAUUUGACAAUCUGUCGAUUUUGUUAGAAACCUUAGAAGGCGAGUUAUCCCGCGCCGUGGGCGUGACGGGGGCGGAAGGUGUAUGCUCGCCCAAGGCGGUAUUCCAGGCCGUGAAAGCGAUUUGCGCGCUCGCCGGCGGCGUGGAAACGCUGCACGUUACUAAUACUUUGAAUGCGUUCGCGCAGGCUUGUACUGCUCAGGGAAACAACAACUCCAUGACUCCCGAGAUCCAAGCGGACAGUGGGCCAUACUGCGCCGUCAACCUGCGAGCCGCCACCGCCCGGGAGAAUGUGGCUUUACAAAGUGCGCGACUCAGAGACGCCGUGCGAGCGCUACUAGCGUUAUACACGCGCGCUCGACUGCUGGACUUCCAGAUGACAGACGCCCAGUAUCUGCUACAGAACUCGGCUAGUGAGUACUCAGUACUCAGGUAUGCAUGUGUCUGCUGCAUCUUGAUACUUAGGACAGCGUUCAAAAGAGACGCAGUGCGCGCGCUACUAGCAUUAUACACGCGCGCUAGACUGCUGGACUUCCAAAUGACAGACGCCCAGUAUCUGCUACAGAACUCGGCUAGUGAGUACUCAGAAGCGGUCCCAGCGCACACUAUAACGGAGACGACGCUAUUCUGCAUCGAGGCUGUCCACUGUCUACCGCCUUGCUGGGCGCACGACGAGUAUCUGUUCCACGCUCAAGUGUACCACGGCACGCGGCCGUUGAAGGCUAUACACCUUACGCAGUCCUCGAAGAUUGAAUGCGGAGGAUUCUACCCUAGGAUUAUUUUUGAUACGUGGUUGAAUCUAGCAGACCUGCCUUUAUCAAACGUUCCCCGAGAGGCGCGACUAGUUCUCACCCUUUACGGGCGAACUAAACGGCCGCCGGACCAGCAGCCAAGCGAUAGCCAGCAGAAUGGAACUGAUCCUGAAGAGCAUGACGUCAUGUACGACCAAGAGGAGCUGGGAUGGGCCGCGAUACAGCUUUUUGACUAUGACGGGAUCCUAGCAUCGGGUAACUACGUGCUUCCGAUGUGGCCGGUGUGCUGCGACCGGCGCAUCGGGCCCGCGCCGCACCUCAUGAACACGCCGCCCGCGCCCUACCCCGUCGUCAAUAUUGAAAUACCUCGCUACGUGCACAACGGCAUCAAGUGGUCGCCAGAGGAGAGCCGCACGCUGACUCCGUCCGAUUUACCCGCGUUUGAUUCCCUGGACGGACACACGCAGUCGCAGCUGUUGCAUCUAAUCGAGCAGGGCGCUUACCAGAGGAUGCCAACUGAAGGCAGAGAGAUAAUGUGGGAGAAGCGUCAAUACCUGGUGGAACUACCAGGAGCUUUGCCCCUGGUACUGCUAGCGGCCACGAAUUGGUACGGCGAGCAUCGCGCGCACCUCAUCUCACUGCUGAAGCUGUGGCAGAAGCCUUCGCCACUCAACUCCAUGCAUUUGCUGCUGCCAUGUUUCCCCGAUGCCGCAGUGCGUCAAACAGCAGCGCGUCUGCUGAACGAUAUGUCAGACGACGAUCUGUGUCGAGUGCUGCCGCAACUCACGCAAGCUUUGCGCCACGAGACCUACGAGUGCAGUCCUUUAGCAGAGCUUCUACUGUCACGGGCCCUGUCGGCUCCCGCUGUAGCACAUAAACUAUUCUGGCUUUUAGUUCACUCAUUACCAAAUGUGCCUCAGGCACCAAACGAAGAAUUCCUUGGUAUCACGCUAGAAGAAAACGCGGGUGAGCCUCCCGAAGUGGACGCUUACGUCACAGCCGCGUGGCGCUACCGGCUCAUGUUGCGAGCGCUACUCGCUAUCUGCGGCGAGAACUUACACGCCACAUUGGUCAGGCAGCAGCUGUUGGUUAAGGUAAUAUGUUGGGACAUUUGGAAUGUUUGGUCAUCGCAGAAUAUACUUUAUCUAAAGAAAAAGGAGAACGCGGGUGAGCCGCCCGAAGUGGACGCUUACGUCACAGCCGCGUGGCGCUACCGGCUCAUGUUGCGAGCGCUACUCGCUAUCUGCGGCGAGAACCUACACGCCACAUUGGUCAGGCAGCAGCUGUUGGUUAAGGCAGUAGUUUUUGGUCAAGGACAAAAGAACGCGGGUGAGCCGCCCGAAGUGGACGCUUACGUCACAGCCGCGUGGCGCUACCGGCUCAUGCUGCGAGCGCUACUCGCUAUCUGCGGCGAGAACUUACACGCCACAUUGGUCAGGCAGCAGCUGUUGGUUAAGGCAGUAGCUUUUGGUCAAGGACAAAAGAACGCGGGUGAGCCGCCCGAAGUGGACGCUUACGUCACAGCCGCGUGGCGCUACCGGCUCAUGCUGCGAGCGCUACUCGCUAUCUGCGGCGAGAACUUACACGCCACAUUGGUUCGGCAGCAGCUGUUGGUUAAGGCAGUAGCUUUUGGUCAAGAAGUGGGUAUCACGCUAGAGGAGAACGCGGGUGAUCCGCCCGAAGUGGACGCUUACGUCACAGCCGCGUGGCGCUACCGGCUCAUGUUGCGAGCGCUACUCGCUAUCUGCGGGGAGAACUUACACGCCACAUUGGUCAGGCAGCAGCUGUUGGUUAAGACGCUAUCAGAAGUGGCGGAAUCUGUGAAGUGCGCCAAAGAAGGCUUACGACAACGCGCGCUCACAGCGGGCGGAGGCCGCGUGUCGACUCUACUACGCAGCGAGCCGGCCGCCUUGCCGCUCGCCUUGCAAAGCUACGUCUAUGACGUUGACAUCAAAUCAUGUUCCUACUUCUCUUCAAAUACUCUACCUCUCAAAAUCAAUUUCAUUGGAGUCGAUAACGCCACGAUACCUGCUAUGUUCAAGGUCGGUGACGACUUACGGCAAGAUUCACUAGUGCUUCAAGUGAUCAAAAUAAUGGACAGUUUGUGGCUGAAAGCGGGUUUAGAUCUGCGAAUGGUCACUUUCCAAGCCUUACCGACCAGUAGCAAAAGAGGAAUGAUAGAAAUAGUGUCAGAAGCCGAAACAUUACGGGCCAUUCAAACCGAGUGGGGUCUCACCGGGUCGUUCAAAGAUAAACCCAUUGCGGAGUGGCUCGCGAAACACAACCCCUCUGAGUUGGAGUACCAGCGGGCUAGGGAUAAUUUUACUGCGUCUUGCGCCGGCUACAGCGUUGCGACGUAUCUGCUGGGCAUCUGCGACCGGCACAACGACAACAUCAUGCUGAAGACCUCGGGCCACCUGUUCCACAUCGACUUCGGGAAGUUCCUCGGGGACGCGCAGAUGUUUGGCAACUUCAAGAGAGACCGCGCCCCAUUCGUGUUGACUCACGAUAUGGUAUACGUUAUCAACGGCGGCGAGCGGCCCACGCAGCGCUUCCAGCACUUCGUAGAGCUAUGCUGCAUGGCGUUCAACAUCGUCCGCGCGCACCACGACCACAUACUCGACCUGUUCGCUCUGAUGGCGAUGUCUGGAGUAGCAGGCGUGACGAGCGCGGCAGUGGGUUACGUGCGAGCUGCGCUACUGCCCGCCGCUACAAACGCCGAGGCCGCCGCCGCCUUCGCCCGGCUGAUACACUCCUCGCUCAAGAGCAAAUUCACCCCAAUAAACUUCUUCCUCCACAACCUCGCUCAACUGAGGGCGAGCGGCGAUCAAAGCAGCAACACAUCCGAAUUGCUGUCAUUCAUGCCACGGACGUAUACAAUGGCCCAAGAAGGCCGCUUAGUCAGUGUGGAAUGUCUCGGCUACGAAAAACGCUACGACCCGGAAAAGCACUACGUGUACGCGCUACGGAUCUUCAGACAGGGACAGACGACUCCAUUCGUGCUGUACCGCUCCUACAAACACUUCACGGAGUUGUACCAGAAGAUAUGUCUGCACUUCCCUCUAGCGAAAGUUCAUAGCCUCCCAUCAGGCCUGCACGUAGGCCGAUCUAACACGCAGCAGGUGGCCGAGCGGCGUUUCAGCGACGUGCAGGCGUUUCUCACGUCGCUGUUCAACUUGGCGGACGAGAUUGCGCACUCCGACCUGGUUUAUACGUUCUUCCAUCCGCUGCUGAGGGACCAGCAGGAUGUGGAGCCACAGAGGAAGAAGAAAGGAGGUGAAUCUACCGAAGCCGAGAGCAGUGGAUCGGGCUCGCUAAAGCUUUCAGUGCAGUACGCGGGAGGAGUGCUCUCUGUACUUAUCCUACACGCUCAGUCGCUCGCCAUCACGCCGCAGGGACUGCCGCCUAACCCUUAUGUCAAGGUAUAUCUAGUACCGGACCCAACCAAAGAGACGAAGCGAAAGACGCGCGUUCUGAAACGCAACUCGCACCCUUCAUUCAUGGAGAUGCUCGAAUACCGGCUGCCCAUAGAAGUCGUCAAGAACAGGAGUCUUCAGGCCACAGUGUGGCAUUACGACUCCUUACAAGAGAACCAGUUCCUAGGAGGAGUGGUGAUUCCCCUCAAUUCGCUGCCUCUGAGGGAAGAAACUGUGGCGUGGUAUCCUUUAGAGUACAUUCCUCGGUAGCUAAUACUCGCCCGCUCCGCUAUCUGGAGAACGGAUUUUCCCACGUGAGCGGGCACGGGCGUAACUAGUACAGAACACGUAGAUGGCGCUUUAGUGCUAUUUUAAAUCUAUGGUCAGUACAUAUUAUGUUUCAGCUUCAAUAUUAUUUUGCAGAUUACUUAAAAUCACUAAUUAUUUAAAACGAUCGUGUAAAUUACGUGUCUUGCGAUGUGCUUGUCUUUACACAGACACCGCCGCACGUUUAUAAAACAUGAAGAUCGUAUUCAGUUUUGGAUACUAUGUUGUUUCCAAACUGCGA